AUGCUUAACCCCUUCAGCAUCUUCACUCAGGCCUUUCCUCCGCGGCCGCAGUUCACUGAGAAGGACAUUCCCGAUCUCUCCGGAAGGGUAUGCAUCGUAACGGGAGCAAACACUGGAGUUGGCAAGGAAGUCGCGCAGAUCCUCUACUCGAAAAAUGCCACCGUCUACGCCACCUCCCGCUCUGAAGACAAGGGCCGCGCCGCCAUCGCCGCCAUCAAGGAGGCCGUGCCCAGCUCGACCGGGAAACUGGACCUCCUGACUCUGGAUCUGGCUGACCUGACCACCAUAAAGCCUGCCGUCGAUGCCUUCCUGGCCAGAGAGUCCCAGCUCCAUCUCCUCAUCAACAAUGCCGGCGUCAUGAUGCCACCCCAGGGGAGCAAAUCCGCCCAGGGCUACGAGCUGCAGCUGGGGACGAACUGUGUCGGCCCGUUUCUCCUGACCAAGCUGCUCACCCCGACGUUGGUGCAGACGGCCAAGACGGCCCCCAAGGACAGUGUUCGCGUUGUUUGGGUGUCGAGCUCGGCUGCCGAGGUUCUCUCGCCGUACCCUGCCAUUGAUAUUGACAACCUCGACUACUCUAAAAGAGACAGGAUCAAGGAACUCAAAUACGGAAUCAGCAAGGCCGGCAACUACUUCCACUCGACCGAAUUUGCCAAGCGGCACAAGGCCGACGGCGUCAUCAGCCUGGCUCUGAACCCCGGCAACCUCUCGUCGGAGCUGGAUCGCCACAUCACGGCCUUGAUCCCGACAUUAUUCAGAAAGGCCACCACCUACCCCGCCAUCAACGGCGCGUAUACUGAGCUCUUUGCCGCGCUCUCUCCCGAUGUGACAAUUGAGAAGACGGGUGAUUGGGUUGUGCCUUGGGGCCGCUUCUACGCCAUCAGGGAAGACCUCGUACAGGGCUCAAAGUCGCGCGAAGAAGGCGGAACUGGUCUUGCCGAAGACUUCUGGAAGUGGACGGAGCAACAGGUGGAGAAAUACCUCUGA